AUGACCCUCUUGGAGGAGCACAUCCCCAAUGCCCACAUUGGAGGCAUCACACUCUAUUUCAAAGGUUUUGGAAAAAUUGGGUAUGCCCGCAAGCUGGUUGAUGAAAGUUCUGAGCCAGAUGUGGUUUCUUGGUCUUCAUUGUUAUCUGGGUAUGCGCAAAAUGGAUUUGUGGAGGAGGCACUGUUGGUGUUUAAUGAGAUGUUCUUGUUGGGUGUUAAGUGCAAUGAGUAUACUUUCCCAAGUGUGCUUAAGGCAUGCUCGAUGAAGAGAGAUUUGAACACGAGGAGGAAGGUUCAUAGGAUGGUUAUGGUCAAAGGGUUCGGGUCUGAUGGUUUUGUUGGUAACACUUUGGUUGUUAUGUAUGCCAAGUGUGGGUUGCUAGAUGAUUCUAAGAGGUUAUUUGGUGGAAUUGUGGAACAAAAUGUUGUUUCAUGGAAUGCCUUGUUCUCUUGUUAUGUGCAAAGUGAGCUGAGAGGUGAGGUUGUAGAUUUAUUUAAGGAAAUGAUGAGGAGUAGAAUAAGGCCUAAUGAGUUCAGCAUUUCCAUCAUAUUGAAUGGACUCCUUAGGAUGGGUCCUAUAUGA